AUGUUUGGCCAAGAACUCCUGUUCGAUCCAGUUGUAAAACAUGUCAUAGACAAAGGGAUUAAGGUGUCAAGAUUAAUGGACCUUGAGAAAAGAGCACAAGAAGUUGAUACUGCAGGAUAUUUAGCUAACGACAAUAUGAUCGUCGAGAACCUAGGAGAUCAUGCAGAUGCCGAGGUAGCCAAGGGAGCGAAACAGAAUAGACUUGUAUUGGAUGGCGUUCUACACCCAGAGGACUUGCCUCAUCCAAGUACAAUUACCAAAUUUGUUAGAAACGAACUACUGAUGACAAAAAAGAAAAUUCACGCGCUUACGUCUGAAUGUAGAACAGCAGAGAUCGAAGCCCGUACGAACUUCUUUCUCGAUCAGGUCAGCGAUUUGGUUGUCAGUACAAUCCACUUUUUCGACGAGGCAAGUGUUACAAAAACUACAAUGAACAGACGAUACGAAAAUUCAAUAACCGGGACUCCCGCCUUUGAGAUCCAGAGAUCUGCAUCCAAUGCAACUUUUACAAUAAAUCUUUUGCAUUCCUGUCUGGGAGUCGAUUUUGUAAAUAUACUCGAAGGCGCUUCCAACGGUAACGAACUCUUGAUUUUCUUUGAGGAAGCUGUGGAAAUAACGAGGCGGGGUGGUUCUGUUCUCCUUGAAAGGGGUGAUACUGUUAUCAUAGAUAACUGUCCAUUUCAUCACGGGAGAUUCACAGAAAGAGCCUUGAGGGACCUUCUUGGUGAAUAUGGAGUAAAUCUUCUUUUCCAGCCCCCGUACUCUCCGCACUUGAACACUUGCGAAAUCUGUUUUCACCAGAUAAAGGCUUUUCUCAACAGGAAUCAGUUGUUGGCUGUGAAUGAAACAGAAAUUGCCAUUCACGAAGCAUGCCACAGAAUCACGCAACAGAAUUCGAUGUCAUAUUUUAGGCACUGUGGGUAUUUGAUAUAG